AUGGGCUGCUGCUGCAAUCAUGAGCACGCAGAGAUUGAAGAGCCACUCCGCAUCCGAGCAAACCCGGGUCCUCCCUCCCGCCGAAGAUGCACGGACCUUCCUUGCUGUGUUUUCUUCGUUGUAGUCCUUGCAGGAAACGCAGUUCUUUUGGAUUUCUUCGGCCAAGUGGGAGAUCUCAGGCGCAUCGAUCAUGGACUCGACCAUGAUGGAAAUCUGUGCGGUCUUGGGAGCCAGGCUACUAGGCCGUAUGCAUUCUAUCCAGAUUUGGAUACGGACUUUGCCAAGGACCAGACACUGCGGCAGCGCUACGGGAUUUGCCUUGAAGCGUGCCCAGCAGUGGGCAGUUCUGUCCAAGACUAUGGCAACAUGCGUCAGUCUGACUGGGUAGUCUUGCAGCCGUCUUUUGCAAUUUUUCGCCGCUGUGUUCCAUACCAGCAGCCGGCUGAUCAAAGCAGCACUGCGAUGUGCGCUUCGCCAUCAUGCGAGCCCAUACCUGGAGCUCCAUCUAAGCCGGAGCAGGUUUGCGGUCUGAAGAGGGACAACACGGACAAGUACUGGCUGCUUGAGCAACCUGAUACCUCCCUGGAAGAUGGCUGGAGAGCUGAAGGCGCAGACAGUGCGCUGAUCAGCGCCAGGGUUGCCAUGUCUCGCACUGCGGCCUCAGAGGCCACGCGUUGCCGACAGAAGCUUCGGCGGGAAGCUUCGACAGCCAUUAGGCCAUUGAACGACAGCUUAGCUUACAACCUUCUGACCUCCGUCACCAGUGCAGACCUCAGCGAGUUGAGCGUCGACAGCGGUUAUGCUUUGAUAUUGGGCCUGGGAGCUCGGGUCUUGGAGACGGUUGUCUGCUUGAAUUGUCAGGGAUCUGUCAUGCUGGAGAGGCUUGCGCUGCUGCUUGUGGUGUUCGUGGUGCUCAUCCUCGCGGAUUACGUUUUGUCCUUCAUGCGAACGGCGCUGCAGAAGGACUGGAGCUCAGUUGCAGCAGCCUUGCCCUCAAAUGCCGAUGUGGUGCCUGCUUGCCUGGUAGACUCUUCACCAGGGUGGUUUGCGAUCGGCGGCUGUUUGUUGGCUGUUGCCAUAAUGCUCUUGGCCUGCACAGCCUCAGCCUCAGCCUCACACGGUGCUCUCAUUGGCGAAGCAGUUCCGGAUUGUUAUCGCGUUGCUCAGCGAGGCACCGGGAAGUGCUGGAGGAAGCACUUGGUGAAGCACUGGUGCCGGGAACAUGAUCCGAAGAGUGCCUUCCCUGCUGGCAUUGCCCUUGUUGAAGUGAGCUUUGGCAACUCUGUGGGUGAGGCUAUCUUCUCCGCUGUUCUGAUACUUGGCCUGCUUGGUGUUGCCACUGCUUCCGAUGAGCAGGUUGCUGCCAUGCUUGACCACUGGAACGUUCAUGCCAAUGAGGCUGUGCGACAUUUUCAACAAGCGGCAGCUGCAGUCUUCGUUGUAAGCUUCAUUUGGCUGUACUUCUUUCAUGUUGCAGUAUAUCACAACACCAUAGCGCUGACUGUGUCUAGAUGGUACUUUCGAGGAGAUUUGCAGGAGCACCACCUCUGCCCGUCUCUCGGAGGCUGCUUGGGUGGUCCAGUUGCUAUCUCUCUGUUGCAGGCCUUUCGCUAUCACUGUGGCUCGCUGGCCUUUGGUGCGCUUGCCUUAACCGUCUGCACCAUCCCACGCGUGCUGCUGGAGUUCUUGGAGAAGCAUGCAAAAGAAACUGGUGAGCAGAAUGCCUUGGCUGCAGCGGUGCGCUGUGCCACAAGGUGCUGUUUGAGCUGGCUUCACUGCUGCCUUCAGUUCGUAACGGAGUAUGCCUACAUGUAUGUGGCCGUCAUAGGAGACCCAUUCUGCUCCUGUGCCUGCAAAUCGUUUCAGCUCUUUAGCAAGUAUCCCGCUCAGGUUGCGCUGAACACCUUAACUUCUGUGGUGCUCGGCUUUCUGGUUUGCAUUGGAGUGCCGUUUGCACUGGUACUCGCAGCUUUUGGUGAACUACGAGACAGCUGGGUCAGCUUUGAGCCAUGUGCGCUUUGUGUGAUCGUCCUUGCGUACAUAAUUUCGCGACUGUCAGUUGGAGUUUACGAUGCGAUCCUGACCACUCUUUUCAUCUGUGCCAUGAGGGACGAGGAGUACUGCGGCGGUCAGCACAUGAGUGUUGAGCUUCGACAAGCGUGA